UCCUGUGAGUGCUGAAAGCUAAUAAAGCUAUGUCAUUUUGAAAGUGACCCUGCAGUCAGGAGCAGGACAGAGCCGCGAGAGCAGCUGUUUGGAAUCAUGACUGAAGAUGACGGAUUCGGUUGUCGUGGAGGGACAAGUCAAAUUGAGAGAUGGAAAAAAGUGGAAGAGUAGGUGGGUCGCGCUCAGAAAACCCUCUCCUGUAGCAGAUUGUUUGUUAUUGCUAGUAUACAAAGACAAGUCAGACAAGACCAAAGGACACAAGGAGAGGAGCAGCGUGACUUUAGAGGAUAUCUGUGGCCUAGACCCUGGUCUCUCCUACGAAGGGAUGAGUCACACGAUGGCAAUCAUCUGCUUGACACAAGCAGUAAUGCUGGGGUUCGAAAACAAGGAGACGAUGUAUGCCUGGGACAUUCGCAUCCGAUACAGCCUGGGAGAAGUCCACAGAUUUCAUGUAGCAGUGUUACCUGGCACCAAGCUGGAGAGUGGACCUGCUACGCUGCAUUUGUGUAAUGACCUCUUGGUUCUUGUAAGAGACAUCCCACCAACAAUUAUUGGACAGUGGAAACUCUCAGACCUCAGGCGAUAUGGAGCAGUUCCCAAUGGAUUUGUCUUUGAAGGUGGGACAAGAUGUGGCUAUUGGGCCGGUGUUUUCUUUCUCGCCUGCGCCGAAGGGGAGCAGAUCAGCUUUCUGUUUGACUGUAUCGUUCGAGGCAUCUCCCCAACCAGAGGCCCCUUUGGACUACGGCCAGUCCUGCCAGAUCCUAACGCAAACCCUGCAGACAUGGAGGACAGAGUCACCCAUGAAGCACUGGAGCUGGAGAAGCGCCUUAGCCUUCUGUCUCACUCGAGUCGGCAGAGUAGCACAGCAUCUACUUCAAGUUAUGGUGCAUCUGUAGCACUGGGAGACGACAGAAGCCUGUCCAGCUCCUCAUCCGACACCAGUCACUCGGACGUGAGCAUUGGAAGCCGAUUGACAAUGUGGCCGGAACCUUCCCUGGGAGGUACCUCCAUGGAGAGUCAUGGACUUGCAGCAGUGAAAAGUAUGCAUCCCGGGGAGGAAAAAAUGUACGUUGAGGUCAUGCGUGGCUCUAGGCCGCCCUCUAAGCCUCCCCGGCCCAGAAAACUGCAAGAAAUCGGCCGCCAGAGUUCUUCAGACAGUGGGAUUGCCACUGGAAGUCACUCCUCUUACUCUGGUAGCUUCUCUUCCUAUGCCGGCAGUCUGGAUAUCUGCCAGGGCGAUGAGUUUGGAUCCUUGCUUAGCCUGCCGCUGAACUUUGCUUCAGAUCAGAACUUGUGCACUUGCCAGCCCGGCGAGCAUCCGAGGGCUGUGGGCUCCGAGUAUCAGAUUCCCAGCUCUCUGAGGCAUCUGUAUGACACACCUAGGAGUUUAUUACAGGCAGCUGUUGCCAGGGAAGCGCAAUGCAAGAGUUGGGAUUCCACACUAGUAAAGGACCAGGGCACCUCGACUCUACUUCAAAGUGUUACAGACACCUACGAAAGCACCAGAGACUCAGAUGAGACGGAUGUGGAUUACGUUCCAAGGUGGUCAGUUGCAAAGCAACAAGGAGAGUUGCUUGAAUCCAAAAGCAGCGAGGUGGCGCCAUCUGCUGGUGCCUCUACAGACCCUUCUGAAAUAUACAGCCCCCACCUGGGAGUUACAAGAGCUCUGUUUACUGCGUGUCCAGUCUGUGGAGGACUAAAGGGAACAACACUGCCUUAUCCAGGAGUCUUACCCAUACCAGCUGUACCAGCAGGAUCUAAACGUGACAUAUCAGAUAAAAACUGUGGCAAGACUUUGCACCGGUCUGUGGAGCGUGCCAGUGCCCAGGAGAAUGAAAAAAGCAGCAACGACAAUGGAGAAAGCACAGGUGGACCCGAAAGAACUAGUGAAGACGGCAUUUAUGAAGUCGUUUGGGAAGCCAAAAGCUCACACAAGAUGGAUCCAGAAAGUGACAGAGCCACGGAACAGAACACUACAUGCAAGGGCUAUGUAGAUACAGGAACAACUCCUGACAGGUUCAAAAAUGUCUUGAACAAAAACCAGCAGAGAGAUUGUAACCAUUUCAGUAUCUUCCCAGGUAUGUGCAGCAAUUAUUGCACAAUUGGCACCCCUGUUAACUCAAAUCCAAACACUGGACAGAACCUGUAUGAACCCAUGGCAUCGGCCCGAAGAUAUGUACUCUUAUCCAAAACAGACAUUACAAAAACUAACACACCCUUAACGUAUUCAAAAAAGGAACAGUGGCCAGAUAUGCACAAUGAUAUUGAAAAUGAGAGUGACUCCUUUACUGAAGAGGCCAGUGAAGUAGAUUUAGAUGCACCUGAAGUAAAUUCAUCAUCAGCCACCCCUAGACAAAAUGCUGCAAGUUUACAGAAGCCACUUCACAUUCUGAAAAUAAUGGACCCUACAGAUUCACUAUUAGGUGAGAAAGAUCCAAAUGCAAUGCUGGUUACCAAAGUACUAAUGAAUUCAUCUGGAACACAUCCGUAUUUACAUCCUCCUGAAUGUGACGACCCAAAGCAGGAGGUCAGUAAUGACAUAGAGACUGAAGUAGAUAAGAAACCAAAGAGAAAAGAGAAACGAAAAACAGAUCUGACCUAUGAGAUAAUGGAGGGACGGGGAGCAGAAAAGUCAACAGAGUCAGAUGAAAAAAGUGGUUAUGAAUUAAUGGCAAGCUGUGGACAACAGAAGAUCUUCCAUGAAACAGAAGGAGCUGCUUCUUCAUUAGGUUCCUCUGGCAUGUUGAGGACACACAAAGAGCACAGCUCAAUUGCAGAUCCAAGGGGAACCUAUGAGCUAAUGGCCUCUGCAGUUGAAUCACCAAAAAAAUGUGAAUUUGGUCUUCUUGGAGAGUGUGGGGCCAUGUUUGCGUACCCAGUGGAUCUGCCUGUGCCGGACAGGCCCCGCGGUGAUGGAGUUACCUAUGUUAAUAUUCCUGUCAGCCCAACGUCAAAGAAACAGCUUCAUUACAUGGAAUUAGAGCGGCAGGAACCUGGCUCUGGAAUUAGAGGUAACACAAUACGUCUCCAUAAACAUAGAGGAGGCUCCACUAAAUACGCUCAGAUUGAUAUCACUGCGACAGAGACAGCUCACAAAGUGGGAACCCAGCAUGCCCAGGUCAGAGAGGAGAGACUGCAGGAGCUGGAGCAGAAAAGGAGAGGGGCCCUGCAGUGAUCUAUUAGUGAAACAACCGUUUCAUGAACCGUACCUUACCAAAGACCAGGGUUUUACCUGAAUCACGACGCCAGGGCAAUCUAGAGAAUACAAUGACUGUAGAGGUGCACCAUGGUAGUUCCAUUCCAGCAAUGCCAUUACUGAACCCACUGAAGGACUAUUGCAGCAAAGCACUGCCAAACAGUUUUGCAAUUUAAAAAGAAAUGAAUACAGAAACUGUUGUGACCUGCAUAUUGAACUAUUUUUUUGGUGCUGAAGUCAGUUUUAAAAACAAUACAGUACCAGCAAAAGUACUGUAAGCGCAUGUUUAUACAUUAAUUCAGUAGCCUUUGCGUAAAUAAAAAACACGUUAGUACUGUACUGUUUCAAUGCUUACUUACAUAGGACAAACACAGCACAAAAGGACAGAAUUGUGAAAUCGGUAAUAUUUUUAACCCUUCUCUAUUAAGUAGGCAAAACAGGCAAGAAAGUUCCCUCUUCUGUCUUUGAAACACUCACCAGAUCAUCUUGAUUAUACAAAUAAUUUUGCCUAUUCCUUCUGCAGUUUACAUUUUCUGCUUCAUGUAAAAUUGCACAAUAACAAACCAAUUUAGUCAUUGUACCACAGCUCAAAUGCUGUUCUAUUGAACAAAGGUGUCAUAAAAGUUUGUUAAAUGUACAGGUGUAGGUAGUAAAAAGACUGCUUUUAGUUAAUAUGAAAUAAUUUUGUAUUGAAAGUGUCAAAUGUUCGAUCCUUUAGUUUAUUAGAAACGUAUAAUUAAAAAGAAAAAAAGCAAUUUGCAGGGCACACGAAUACCAUUGUUCUGUUUGUGUCUAUAAAAUUGUGGCAUGUUGUGAAAAUUAUUUUUUCUACAUAAGCAUUCUGUUUAAAAAUAACUACUUCUUACGUUUUGUUAUUUGUUGCCUUGAAUUAACAAUUGUUUAGGAAUAUUUCUAUUCGGAAAUGUACUGCUUAAGAACUGUUAGUGUUAUGUUAGAUGCAUUGUUAUAUGUGAAUAUUUUUUGUGGUGGUGUAUUCUAAUGUAGUUCUACUUUCUCAAAUACUCAAUAAAAUACAGUAGCAGCAUAGACAGUAGGGCUGGGUAUCAAAAUGGCUUUAUCUGCAUUUAGACUGUGGUAACAGGUACUCAACUUCAAAAAGCCUGUAAAAUAAAUUCUGUUUUAGACAACCAGCAAUGCUUGAAAUGUUAGACUGCAUUCUAAAAAAAAGAUAUUGUACAGAAUUCAUGUAAAUCAAAUAACUAGCACAGCUUGUCAGAGUAAUUUGUAUUUUUCAGUGUAUUCUCUCUUUUGAUCUUUGUACCUCUUUAAUAAAUACAAAU